ACAGAAAGUGUGCAUGCGAGUGACACCGAGCACUAUCAUCAGCUCUCCCCUGUAGCCGCUCUCAGUCACUCCAUUCUCUUCCUGAAGCAAGACAGAGGGAGUCACGCAAGUUAAAAGAAUACAAAUAUAUGUGUAUAUACAUAUAUAUGUAGCUUUCCAUUCUCUAGUGCUUAAAAAAACUGAGUAGCCAGAGGGAAGAAGAAAGAGGCUGUGAAACGGAGAAGUAAAGCACAACUUGUCCAGAGCUUUUUACUCAGCAACAAGCUCGAGAGCGGUGCUGCUCAGUGCGCUCAGCCUGAGGAGGAGAGAGGAUGCUGAACAACAUGACGGACUGCGAGGAGGGAGAGGGGGGACCCAACAGCCAGGGAGAUGGGAACCCUAAAGAGAGCAGUCCUUUCAUCAACAGCAGUGCAGCCACUAACAUGGAUAAGAGCCAGCAGUACGACGGCAAUAACAUGGCUCUGUUUGAGGAAGAGAUGGAUACCAGUCCUAUGGUUUCCUCUCUGCUCAGCACUCUAGCCAACUACUCCAACCUGCCAACUGGCAGCAAAGAGCACGAGGAGGCUGAGAAUAAUGAGGAGGGGACGCGUCCAUCUAAAAAGCCUGUGAAGGCACCUCAGCUGGGCACGCUAAUGGGAGUGUACCUGCCAUGUAUCCAGAAUAUUUUUGGGGUAAUCCUCUUCCUGCGGAUGACAUGGAUGGUUGGGAUUGGAGGUGUCUUCGGCUCCUUUAUAAUCGUUUUCAUGUGUUGUUCUACAACCAUGCUCACAGCCAUCUCCAUGAGUGCCAUUGCUACAAAUGGAGUCGUACCGGCUGGAGGUUCAUAUUACAUGAUCUCCCGCUCUCUGGGGCCUGAGUUUGGCGGUGCUGUCGGGAUCUGCUUCUAUUUGGGCACCACUUUUGCGGGUGCCAUGUACAUUCUUGGCUGUAUUGAAAUUCUGCUGAUUUAUAUUGUUCCUCAGGCAGCCAUCUUUAAGAUUGAGGGCCUGGAGGGACAGGAGGCAGAGGCGGCUUUGCUCAAUAACAUGCGGGUGUAUGGCACUAUUGUGCUGAGUUUCAUGGCACUGGUGGUGUUUGUGGGGGUCAAAUAUGUCAAUAAGCUGGCGCUGGUCUUCCUGGCCUGUGUGAUACUUUCUAUUGUGGCUGUCUAUGCUGGAGUCAUCAAGACUGCCAUUGACCCCCCUGUCUUUCCCGUCUGUCUGCUGGGAAAUCGAACUCUCCUUUCUAAAGGAUAUGAUGUCUGUGCAAAGGUCAUUGAGAUAGACAACGAGACUAUCACCACCAAACUCUGGAGGAGCUUUUGUGAUUCUGAGUACCUCAAUGCCACUUGUGAUGAAUACUUCACUAAUAACAAUGUUACAGAGAUACAAGGUAUUCCAGGGGUCACUAGUGGCAUCCUGGCAGAGAACUUGUUUGGUAACUAUCUGGAGAAAGGGAUGAUUCUGGAGAAGCGUGGACUUGCAUCUGAUGCGGAUCCAGACAGUCCCACCACAAGCUCAAACCGCUACAUUCUGGCUGAUAUCACCAGCUUCUUCACCCUGUUGGUGGGAAUUUAUUUCCCAUCUGUCACAGGUAUUAUGGCCGGCUCCAACCGCUCUGGAGACCUCCGUGAUGCUCAGAAGUCAAUCCCUAUCGGCACCAUUGCAGCCAUCAGCACCACAUCGACUGUGUACAUGUCCUGUGUGGUGCUGUUUGGUGCUUGUAUAGAAGGAGUCGUCCUAAGAGACAAGUUUGGUGAAGGGGUCAAUGGCAACCUUGUAAUUGGUACGCUGGCAUGGCCGUCUCCAUGGGUUAUUGUGUUUGGCUCCUUCUUCUCCACCUGUGGUGCUGGACUUCAGAGUCUGACAGGAGCUCCCCGUCUCCUCCAGGCCAUCUCAAGGGAUGGCAUCAUCCCCUUCCUUAGAGUUUUUGGACAUGGUAAAGCCAACGGGGAGCCCACUUGGGCACUUCUACUCACAGCUAGCAUCUGUGAGAUUGGCAUCAUCAUUGCCUCUCUGGAUUCAGUCGCACCAAUUCUCUCCAUGUUCUUCUUGAUGUGCUACAUGUUCGUGAACCUUGCCUGUGCUCUGCAGACUUUGCUGAGGACUCCAAACUGGAGGCCGAGAUUUAAAUUCUACCACUGGGCUCUGUCUUUCCUGGGUAUGAGCCUAUGCCUGUCGCUUAUGUUCAUGUGCUCCUGGUAUUAUGCAAUUGUGGCCAUGGGCAUCGCCACCUGCAUCUACAAAUACAUUGAGUUCUGUGGAGCUGAGAAGGAGUGGGGUGAUGGGAUACGUGGGAUCUCGCUCAGCGCUGCUCGCUUUGCUCUGAUGAGGCUGGAGGAGGGACCACCACACACCAAGAACUGGAGGCCACAGAUCUUGGUUCUAGUGAGCAUGGAUGCUGAGCAGAACAUUGAGCAGCCUCGUCUUCUCUCUCUGACCAAUCAGCUAAAAGCAGGGAAGGGUCUAACUAUUGUUGGCACCUCUGUUCAUGGAACCUUCCUUGACAAUUACACUGAAGCCCAAAAGGCAGAUCAGUCUUUGCGUAAGUUGAUGGAGACAGAGAAAGUAAAGGGCUUCACUCAGGUUGUCAUCUCCUCCAACCUUAGAGAUGGAACAUCCCACUUGAUCCAGGUUGGAGGACUUGGAGGUCUGAAGCACAACACGGUGAUGGUCAGCUGGCCCCGAAACUGGAAACAGCCUGAGUGCCACCAGGAAUUUAGGAACUUCAUUGAGGUGGUUAGAGAGACAACUAUAGCCAGUAUAGCCUUGUUGGUCCCUAAGAAUAUCGCAAGCUAUCCAUCCAAUGGAGAGCGUUUUACUGAAGGCCACAUAGAUGUGUGGUGGGUUGUUCACGAUGGAGGCAUGCUGAUGCUUCUGCCGUUCCUCUUGCGCCAGCAUAAGGUGUGGAAGAAGUGUAAGAUGCGCAUUUUCACUGUAGCUCAGAUGGAUGAUAACAGCAUCCAGAUGAAGAAAGACCUCAUCACCUUCCUCUAUCACCUGCGCAUCGAUGCUGAAGUGGAAGUGGUUGAGAUGCAUGACGGUGACAUAUCAGCCUACACUUACGAGAAGACGCUGAUAAUGGAACAGCGAUCGCAGAUCGUCAAACAGAUGCAUCUGACCAAGAAUGAAAUGGAGAGAGAGAUCCAGAGCAUUACAGAUUCUUCCCGUGGAUCCAUACGGCGUAAAAAUCCGUCUGCUUUGCGGUCACAGCGCAGUGCUGAGGAGGGAGCUGGUAUAACAGAAAAACCAGAAGAGGAGUCUGAGGCUGUCUCCAACCCACAACAGGUACAGCUGAUCCACAGUAAAAAUGUCUCCACACCAACCAGCCCCACAAGCCCCACGUCCCCUGCUGCACCUGCAGGGGGUGCUGUCGCUUGGCCCGACAGCAAGGGUACAGGGAAGGAGAAGACUCUGCUAACGGCAACCCCAGAAGCAGGCAAAGACCUCUUCAGCAUGAAGCCGGAAUGGGAGAACUUGAACCAGACUGAUGUGAGGCGUAUGCAUACAGCAAUGAGGCUUAAUGAGGUCAUCACAAAGAAGUCCAAGGAAGCGAAACUUGUCCUGCUCAACAUGCCUGGGCCACCAAAGAACCGUGUGGGCGAUGAAAACUACAUGGAGUUUCUUGAGGUGCUCACUGAAGGUCUCAAUAGAGUCCUCCUAGUGCGCGGAGGUGGACGUGAGGUCAUCACCAUCUACUCCUGAAGGACUUUCAUGAUCUCUUAACAACAUUUACAUGGACUCUGUCCUCUCCUCCCUCCGUACACACCUAUCCUGUCACCUGCCACCACGCAUUGUACUCAGACUUUUCAGGUGAAAUACUAUGUAGAUUCAGCUGAAUGUGUUUCCAAGUAACCUAUAGAGUGCAGAGUACACAGAACCAUGUGCUGCAGGGAUUACCUUGAGUACAUAGCUGUUAUCACCUUGUUCUUGACUCUUCAGAUCAAGAACAAAUUCAGCAGUUUAAGGAUUUAAUUACAGAACAAAUGACCUCAUAAAGUUAUCCUCAGAAAAUAGAAGUUUGCCAAAUUUUAAAAAUCAGCUUUCUAGCUUCAGUGUUUUCCUCUUGCUUUUGUCCCCCAUUACUGAUAAAAGAGGAAUGCCAUUUCUUCACCGUUUCUAUUUAUUUUCUAUCAUUUAGUAUCGAUGUUAUUUAUGUAUUUAUGUUAGUUGUGUGUCUUUGUCUGUUUUUGUGUUUCAUAGUGUGGCUAUAAGUAUUUAAGAUAUAAUACUGGCGUUUGGGAACAGUUUGUCAUUAUGUGAAUACAUACAAAAGCCAGUGUGAUCAAACUGAUUUAAGACAGGUGUGCAUUCAUUUUACUCCCCUAAGUCUAAAAUUACACCAUCAUUGCUGUGCUAGUCUUUGUUUUGCACUAAAAUAGAUUAUUAAAUAAAUCAACAGCAUUUCAAA